UUGCGACAUUGUGGCGCUAUCUACUGGUGCGUUUCUUCAACUACAAGGCUCUUCACUGUCUAUUUAUGUAUUUCAUUUUUUAUUUUUAAAUAAGUUGACUGAAAGAUACAUAAAUGAAAUUUAUUUUCAUUAAACCUUCAUUAAAAAAACCUGAGAAAGAAAGAAAACCAACAUUUUUUCUAUGGUUUUGCACGAAACAAUGAAACUACAAGGCCCACAACGCAUUACUGCCUUCUUUACGCAUGCGUCAUCGGUCACCAGGGCAGCACAAACAAGGCUCCAGUUUGUAUGUACGUUGCCAUGGAGAGCGUACACGCGCACACGUGAACGUGCAGUACGUAAACGGCUGAGGGUUAAAGCCCGAGUGGGUUUUUAUCUGAGGGAAACUCUGGGCCAUCAGCAGGUCCAGACAGCGGCCGUCACCUCGGUCUACACCCCGACAUGGCUGGUAAAGGACCAAUGCUGAAUUUUGGCUGAGAGACCAGACCUGUCAACCAGCUCUUCACAAACAAGGUUUUGGGAGAUGAUUUUUGAUCCAGAAGAAGAAAGAAGAAGACGUGAUGAAUCGCUAUACCACCCUGAAGCAGCUGGGUGACGGCACCUAUGGCAGUGUGCUGAUGGGAAGAAGUAAUGAGUCUGGAGAACUGGUGGCUAUCAAGAGGAUGAAGAGGAAGUUUUAUUCAUGGGAAGAAUGUAUGAACCUCAGAGAAGUGAAGUCACUGAAGAAGCUGAACCACGCAAACGUGGUGAAGCUGAAGGAGGUCAUCAGAGAGAAUGACCAUCUCUAUUUUGUCUUUGAGUACAUGAAGGAGAACCUCUACCAGCUCAUGAAGGACAGAAGAAAAUUGUUUCCCGAGUCAGUGAUAAGAAACAUAAGCUUUCAGAUAUUGCAAGGCCUGUCCUUUAUUCACAAACAUGGUUUCUUUCACCGAGACAUGAAGCCAGAGAACCUGCUGUGUAUGGGUCCAGAACUGGUCAAAAUUGCAGACUUCGGACUGGCCAGAGAAAUCCGCUCUAAACCUCCGUACACAGAUUAUGUGUCGACCAGAUGGUAUCGGGCUCCUGAGGUCCUGCUCAGGUCAUCUACCUACAGUUCACCUAUUGACCUGUGGGCCCUGGGCUGCAUCAUGGCUGAACUCUACACACUCAGACCUCUGUUUCCAGGGAACAGCGAGGUGGACGAGAUCUUUAAGAUCUGCCAAGUGCUGGGAACAGUCAAAAAGACUGACUGGGCAGACGGUUACCACCUCGCUGCUGCAAUGAACUUCCGUUUCCCCCAGUGUGUGCCCACCCACUUAAAGACACUGAUCCCAAAUGCCAGCAAUGAGGCUAUCGCUCUGAUGAAGGACCUGCUGCAGUGGGACCCAAAGAAGAGACCAACUGCUGUACAGGCCCUGCAUUACCCAUAUUUUCAGGUGGACCAGGUUUUGGGCCCUCGUCCUCAAAGCCAUGAGUCCAAGACAGUGCAUGCAAAGCCGUUGGCUAGAAAGCAGGCCUCUGAGGCUAAAGCAGAUUUACAGCCGUCUUCUUCUGAAUCUAAAGUAUCUUCACCCCCUGUGAGAAGUCAUCAUCAACAUCAACCACAGCAGCAGCCCCUCCAGCAGACGCUCCUGUCCCAACCUGAAAGUGAACCAAUAGGUGUGAGCCAUGCAAGAACAACACCAUUUGUCAGUGAGAAUAAUGUGGUGGUCGGGCUGAAGAGCAGUCGUCGUCGCUGGGGUCAGACGUUGUCCAGGACCCAAGAGAGUUGGGAGGAAAGCGACUCUUUAGAAAACGCUGUCUCAAACUCCAAGAAACCGAGUUUAGGGAAGGCAGAGGAGGAGAGGAACUCCAGGGAACACAACACACAGCCAAAAGAGCAGAAGGCUCUGUAUUCCUUCAGCACAGUUACCAAGCUGCCCAACAAUAUCAGGAUGGGCCAGGUGGACUCCAGUCUCCCCGGAUCUGCUGCUCGUCAGCACUAUCUCAGCCAGUCACGAUACCUGCCUGGGCUGAUCAGCAAAAACCAGAUCAUACCAGGAAAUAAGGAGAUGAGCGGACUGAUUCUGCGCGAUCUAUGGGAGAAAUCUGCAAACACGGCAAACAAACCGCUUGCUCCUAUUACAGGACUUGCUGUCAGCAGAACCAUUGGAGGGAAUUUUGUAAGCACCAAAUACAACCUGUCUGGUGGUUACAUCCCUUCAUUCCAAAAGAAAGAGGUGGGAUCCGUGGGACAGAGAAUCCAACUUGCACCUUUGGCUGGGCUGCACACAAUCAGUCUUUCUUCUUCCCCUGAUAAUAAAAAAGACAAACCAAAAGCUGCAAAAUCCAAGCUCAUGUCCAACCCAUCUUUAGGUGAAACCAGUGAAGAUUACGAGGGCUGGAAGAGGAGGACAGAUGGGACUCACCUGAAGGGAAGCAGCUACUCAGCUCUGAGGAAAACAUCUGGUAAUCUGAUGACUAGAGGUCCUACUGUACAGCCUGUCCAUGGGAGGGUGGACUGGACAUCUAAGUACGGUGGAAAUCGAUAGCUUUGGGAAAAGUGUGCAUCAGCUUUUACUUGUUUGACAAGGUACUGUGUGGAUGUACACACCUGUGUCUGUGAAAGUGAGUCAAACAAGUUGUGCGCACAACAGAAGCCCAGAAAAAAAAAGGAUCCUGCAUCCAUGUGUAUGUGACACCUCACACCUUCUUGUCUAAGUUUUUUUAAUGUGCAUGGAAACUGUACAUUUUGUAUAAAAUGGUUGCCAUGAACAGACACUUACUAAUCUGAGCGACAAUCACACUGUUCCUGAAAGAUUCAGUGUCAGCCAAUUACACAGUUCAUUGUUGGAGAAUCUUAAUAGAAUUCAAAUGUAGUACAAUCCUUUUUUUAAAACCAGCUUUUAUUUGAGAAUGUUGUUUUGAUUUCCCUGCACAAAUGUUAGUCGCCUUCGACCAUCUACGAGGCUGCGAACAUUUGUAUAAUGCAUAAUUUUGUAAGCAUUUUAUACAAAUAAAUAUAUACUAAAGUAUUGUUUGAUUUUUUUUAUUCUGUUAUAUACACAAAGUACUAUAUCUCAUCAUACUUUCAAAAAAGAAAAGAAAAAAGAAAUCACAUUAAAUGACAAAAUGCUGCUCAUACGUAAGGAUACAUUUCUGAAUCUUCACAAUA